UAAUCAUAUUUUCAAUUUUUGGAGUGAUUCAAAUAAUUGUUGCGGAUUCUGUAUCUUUUAAAGAUAUUGUUCAACAUAUAAGAAAAAAUGAAUUUGAGGCAUAUCAGACUAUAAUAUUGCACGAUGGAGAAAAUCAAAGUAUAGAGGUUCAAGCAGAAAUUCUACAAGCUACAUUCAGUAAUAAUCCAAGCCGAGUGAUAAACUUCAUUCAUCAUGAUCCAAACAACCUAAAGUCAAUUGCUUCUAAAAAUUAUCACAAAGGAACACUUUUUAUAGGUAUUCUAGAGAAUAAUCGAACAGCAAUAAAGAAGUUCUUCACUUUUGUGAAAGUGGUAUCAGGUCCAUACACUUUUCCUCGGUGCUUUAUGAUAGUUCUAAUGAAUGAAAACAGUGUCAGUCGAGAAGUUUUACUUCGUUCAGCAUGGUCGAGAAAUUUUAUUCAAUUAACAAUUCUUGAUGUUGUGAAAAAGAAUUUUGGUCGCAAUUUAAUGUUUGAUCGAAACCAAAGAAAUAUAAUAAUCCAUUACUUCAAUAAAUUCACUCAAAAUUACACAAUGAUCAAUUACGUAAAAGGAGAUGUAAUUUUCCCAACGAAAUUAAAAGAUCUGAAUGGUUUUGAAAUAAAAACGUGUACUGAUUCCGAAACAAAGCAAGAAUACGAAGAGCAAAGAUUAAAAGUAAAUCUCGAAGGGGAUCCUAAUGAAGUUUUAGUGUUUGAUUAUUAUAAUGAACCUCCUGAAGAAUUUGAAGAAGAAAAGUUGAAUACUUUUUCAAAAGUAAUGAAUUUUAAAAGAGUAAGACUUCAUCCAGAUGAAUGUAUUAGAAACAAAGAUAAAAUCACCACGCAUUUGACGUGUGAUGAAGUUUUGCAUAAUUAUAAAGAAAACAUUUGUCACAUAAGUGAAAAAGAUAAUACAGAUGAACAUAUAUAUCGUAUUGAAAAUGAUGUUUAUUUCUUAAAGUCACCUCAUCAGCAGAUUCUUAUACCUAAAAAAAGAAUUAAUAACUACAUGUUUACAAAAUCAAUUUAUCAGGGUGCUUUAACAUUUUUAUUAGUAUUUGUAAUUUGGAAGUUUCUUCGAUUCUUAAAGUUUAAUAAACAGUUUUGGAAACUAUGGUUUCUUUGGCUUGCAUUACUAGGAAUUUCAAUUCCUUUAGAAGUGAAAAAACUCACGGAUAGAAUCGUUUUUAUAUCGAUUUUUUUGGGAUUUUUUAUGUUUUCCUCAGAAUUGCAUAAUCUCUUAACAACCGUCCAAUUAGUUAUAGACUAUGAAGACGUAUUUCUUGAUUCAGAGUUUAUCACAAAUUGGUCCAUGAGAGGAACGACAAUAGGAACAGAGAAUCAUGCUUCUGACGUAAUCACCUUACAACAUGAAUAUAAAAAUUUACCAUUUAAAAAAUCAGAUGGACUCCAUCACAAUGUGGAAGAAUGUUUGAAAGAACUUUUCGCGUAUAAAGCAGUUGCUUGCAAAGUGCAUAUCAAAGAUAUAAGAAAUGUACUCUUAAUGGAUUCAAAAAUAAAUAAGAUUUCAACUAUCAAGAUUUUUCUUACCGAAGAAAUUGAGAACUUAUAUUUUGCAGUUGAAAAUAAUUCUCCGUAUACUUCUGAAUUUGAGCGUCAUAUGAAUAGAUUUAUAGAGACUGGUUUGUUUGUCAAGUGGGAUAAAGAAAACUUUAAAACAAAUCUAAAUUACAGUAUGAUAGAAGAUAUUAUUCUCUCGAAUAGGAGAAACGACGAAAUUAAUAUUUCACCAUUCCAUAUUCUUCUGAUUGGUUUAGGAAUAUCAAUUAUUGCAUUUUUUGGAGAAAUAUUUAAUGCAAGCGUUCAGAAAGUGUGGAAAUCUGUUCAACGUCUUCUGCUUAAAGUCGGUCUUCAUAGAUGAUGCGCAAUCAACUCAUAACGUGCAUUUAUUGUUUUGCCGUUUUCGUGAAGAUAUACAUGUUAUUACUUUAAGGAGAAAAACCACAUUAGGAGGUUGAAUGAAAUCGAUUUUUUUAUUGCAUAAAUCGUUGGGUUAACUAUCAAAGAAUAUACACUCUCGAAGUACGAAGUACAGUCGCGUGGUUUUACAAAUAUAAAUAAUAUGCUAAACAAAUAAACAAGAGGAUUGCAAAUAUAAAAAGUGCAUGAAUUUUUUUUCUGUUAUGUGCUUGGGCAAAUUUUGGGUCAACUCAUAUUGGCCCCAACUGGAAUUUCCCAAAGUGAAGUUUAUUUGAAUUUGCUGUUACAUAUCACUAAAAAUUGAUAAACAUCAAUCUUUUUUAAACAAUUAGUAUUGCAAAUAAAUUCAGUUACAGUAGAAACUUAUAUUUCAUGAAAUAAAUAAAUAAAUAACAAAA